UCGAAUUAGGAAAAUUACUAAACGGCUUUCUCAACACUAGUACAAGCUAUUAUAACUUAUAUUUAUUUUAUAUUUGUGUAGAUUUAGUUUUUAAAUAUUAUAUUUAUCUUAAUCUACUUUGCCUCAUAAAUACAGAAUAGGCAAUCAUUAUGAACGACGAAGAAGUGAUUCAAAUUACUAAUCUUUUAGAACGCACAAUAUCUACUGACAAAGAAGAGCUAAAUCAAAUACAAAAAUUUUUAGAACAUGCUGCCCAGACAAAUUUGCCUGGUUUUCUUAAAACUUUGUCAAAUGUUCUUCUUUAUUCUGUUAACAAUCCAGUUGCACGUAUUGCAGCUGGACUUCAGAUUAAAAACCAUAUUACAUCAAAAGAUGAGGCAGUUAAAAUACAAAUGAAACAAAGAUGGUUAUCAUUUUCUGAACAAGAUCGUAUGUUUAUUAAGGAAAACAUAUUUAAAGCCCUUGGUACAGAAAGUCGACCAAGCUCAGCUGCUCAAUGUGUUGCCAAUGUUGCUAUAAUUGAAUUACCUCUAAACCUAUGGCCUGGCCUUAUUUCAUUACUUGCUGCUAAUGUGACAGAUCCUAACUCAACGGACAUUUUAAAAGAAUCUUCUUUGGAAACUAUUGGCUACAUUUGUGCAGAAACAGAUCGAGAUAUUUUAAAAGCAGAAUCAAAUACAGUACUAACUGCUAUUGUUCAUGGUAUGACACAGAUGAACAACCAUGUAUGUCUAGCAGCUACUACAGCCCUCUAUAAUUCUUUAGAAUUUACUAAAGGGAAUUUUGAAAAAAAAAAUGAACGAGAUUAUAUCAUGGAAGUUGUAUGCAAAGCAACUCAAUCUCCUGAUACUCAAAUUAAAGUUGGUGCGUUACAAUGUCUUGUUAAAAUUGUUUCUCUAUAUUAUGAAUAUAUGGAAUUAUAUAUGACUACUCUAUUUCCAAUUACUUUGCAAGCUAUUAAAUGUGAUCUAGAUGAAGUGGCUCUUCAAGGAAUUGAGUUUUGGUCUAGUGUUGCUGAAGAAGAGUCUGAAAUUAUUUAUGAAAGACAAUGUCAAGAAGGAAAUAAUGAUAAAAAACUUAUGAUGUAUUCUGAAGGCGCUUUAGAAUUUAUUAUUCCUGUUUUAAUGGAAAAACUCACUACACAAGAGGAAGGAGAUGACGACGAUGAUUGGAAUCCAUGUAAAUCUGCUGGUGUUUGUAUUAUGUUACUAGCCACUUGUUGUCAAAAUAAUAUAGUUCCUCAUGUAAUUCCAUUUAUAAAUUCAAAUAUUAACAGUCCUGAUUGGCGUUUUAGAGAUGCAUCAGUAAUGACGCUUGGAUCAAUUUUAGGUGGUUUAGAUCAAAAUGCUUUAAAGACUUUACUUGAACCUUAUAUACCAGUUUUAAUACAUUUAAUGUAUGAUUCAAGUAUAGCUGUUCAAGAUACAUCUGCUUGGACAUUUGGUCGUAUUUUUGAAUUUGUGCCAGAUCUAAUAAUUAAUUCUCCGUGUUUAAGUGAUGUUUUGGGAGUAUUUAUAAAAGGACUUAAAUCAGAACCUCGAGUUGCCACAAAUAUUUGUUGGGCAUUUAGUAGUUUAGCUCAAGCUACUGGUGAAGAAAUGACUGUUUUAACACCAUACUUUGAUUACAUUGUACAAGGUUUACUAGAAACAACAGAAAGAGGGGAUGGGAUGCGAUCAAAUUUAAGAUCUGCUGCUUAUGAAGCACUUAUGGAUAUGAUUAAGUGUGCUCCAAUUGAUUGUUAUGAGACUGUUAAAGGCACAACUUUAAUAGUUCUAAGUCGCUUAAACCAGAUUAUUAAUUUACAAUCAAUAAAUGAUGAUUGUUUGGAUAUGCAAGGAUUGCUGUGUGCUACUUUACAGAGUGUUAUUCGAAAAAUGAGUUGUGAAGAUGUAGAAAAAAUAGCUGAUGCUGUUAUGAAUGCACUUUUAAUAAUGUUAAGUACCAGCAAAGAUAGUGGUUUGCAAGAGGACGCCUUAAUGGCUAUAAGUCCAUUAGUUGAAAAUCUUGGGAAAGGAUUUAAUAAAUAUAUGGAGUAUUUCAAGUCAUAUUUAUUUAUUGGUCUUCAAAACAAUAUGGAAUUUCAAGUGUGCUUAGCUGCAAUAGGUUUAGUAGGUGACCUAAGCCGAGCUCUUCGUGAAAAUUUAGCGCCUUAUUGUGACCAAAUAUUUGCUCUUUUAUUUGAAACUCUUCGCAACAAUACAGUGAAUAGAAAUUUAAAACCACAAAUUCUCUCCACUUUUGGAGAUAUAGCUCUUGGUAUUGGAGCAGAAUUCAAAAAGUACUUGGAACAUGUUCUUAAUGCUUUAGUUCAAGUUGCACAACUUCAAUUAGACCCCAAUGAUGCAGAUAUAAUAGAUUAUUUAAAUGAACUCCGUGAGGGUGUCUUAGCAGCUUAUGUUGGUAUCGUACAAGGAUUAAAAGGAGAAGAAAUUACACCGAACCCAGAUGUAUACCUUCUUGAACCUCAUUUACCAUUUAUAGUACAAUAUAUGAUUUCUAUAUGUGGUGAUCCUAAUGCACAUAUAGGAAUAUUAAAAAGUUGUUGUGGCCUUGUGGGAGAUUUAUGUACAGCAUUUGGUGCUAAAGUAUGUCCAAUUUUAGACAACCCUGAAGUUCAUGGAUUAUUAUUUAAAGGUCGCCAGUCUACAGAUGCAACAGCUAAAAGUUUAGCACGAUGGUCCGCCAAAGAACUCCAAAAAAUUAAAACUCCUUCAAUGUAAAUCUAUUUAAUUUAAAACGUGAGACUAUCGAUCGUUUGUCCUCUCGUAUGAUUGUCUUUAAUAGUGCCUAUGUAAUUUUUCUAGUAUAAAUGGAACCGAAACAUGUCUGUGAUUUUGUAUA